AUGACCCGCCCAGUCCUCGUCACCGGCGCGUCCGGCAAACAAGGCGGCGCGGUCGUCCAAGCACUCCUCGACCAGCCGGACGACAUUGUCAUUCUGGCCGUAACGCGCAACCCCGACUCUGCGUCGGCCCAGAAACUCGCUGCCCACGGCGUAAAGCUCGUCAAGGGCGACUUGGACAACGUCCCGGCCAUCUUUGAAGCUGCGAAGGCCAUCUCGCCCACCGGCAAGAUCUGGGGUGUCUUCAGUGUCCAAGCCACAUCGCUGACCACGGACGCCGUAAACAUCGAAUCCAACGCCGAGGUCAAGCAGGGCAUCGCGCUCAUCGACCAAGCCGUCCAAGCCGGUGUCACGCAUUUCGUCUACUCGUCCGUCGACCGGGGAGGCGAGGAGAGGAGCUGGGAAAACCCGACCGACGUACCCCAUUUCCGCACAAAGGCAAUCAUCGAGACCCAUCUUCGCGACACAGGCUCGAAUAUGACAUGGGCGAUUCUGAGGCCGGCGAUUUUCAUGGAUAACAUCACGCCAGACAUGGUGGGGAAGGGGAUUAUGACGUCGGUUCGCGACGUCAUGGGCGAUAAGAAGAUGCCGUGGAUAGCGGUCAAGGAUAUCGGGUUUUUUGGGGCGAUGCUGUUGCGCGAUCCCAAGACUUGGAAUGGUCGGGCAUUAUCUCUCGGAAGUGACGCGGUCAACUUUGAUGAAAUCAACAAGACGUUCCGCAAGGUUACGGGACAAGACGUGCCGACGACAUAUAGUUUUAUCGCAACGGGAAUGCGAUGGGCCCUCACGGAUAUGGGCAAGAUGUUUGCGUGGUUCAAGCGCGACGGAUACAACGUCGACUCGAAAGAGCUCAAGCGUCUCCAUCCAGGCAUGCUUGACCUUGAAGCAUGGUUACGAACCCAGAGCGCGUGGAAGACCAAGUAG